GUGGCACACAUCUCUUUGACCAACGCUAACACACACACGAACGCACACUCAAACACACCGCCUGCUACCUGCAUCGCCUGCGUUGAGACAACAUGAGAGGGCUCCCUGUUUUCGCUCUGCUGAUGCUCGGCCUUCUGGGAAGCUCAUUUGCUGUGACGGUCUCGGAUGGAGGCUACAGUUUCUCCCUGGAGUCGGUGAAGGUGCUGAUGAGACUGAUGGAGAUGGAUGAGAUUGCGAUGGAAGCCCGCAUGGGCGGCCGCCCCAUCCCCCCCCACCACCCUCCCAGACGGCUGCUCUGUAGCAACCCCACCCUUCCCCAGGAGCUGAAGCCUGUGUGCCUGGAGCCCCAUUCAGACGAGAUAUUCGCCCGGUUUGUCUCUGUCCUUAUGUCCACCGACCCUUGUGAGAUCUGUGCCAAUCCAGCAUGCACCGGCUGCACGUAUUAAUCUGCCCGGCGACCUUUGACUCCCACCUACUGCAGACACCUCCGCCAUAGGAGAAGAAGAACAUAUCGCAAGCACCACACACAAUUUCCUAAAAAGCCUUUUAAGCCAGAACUCUCUGCAUAUGGGUCACUGUUAUUAUUCUUUACAGGAAAUUUUUCUUCAUGUAGCGUCUUUUAAACGCAUGGCUGUGGGAGUAAAUCCUGGGUAGGCCAAAGAGUUUCAUCUGAAUAGAGCAUUCAUCCCUGAUGAUUUCCCACAUCAGUGAGCUCUGUCUGUAUAAUAGGAGACUAUUCAGACAUUAGAUGGAGUAGUUCCUUUCUGAAUGAACCCUGAACCCUUUGAACCCUGAUUGAUUACUGAGGUUGUGUAACCUGAUAGGAGAUGGUCUGAGAUGGAACUAGAUGUGUGAAAAGCGUGGUCAGAUUUUGUGAGAAGGUGCUGGCCUCUAGUGUGGGUUUACUGCAAAUGAUACCUUUGACUUCGCGAUAACGAUUCAAAUCUUAUGAUUCACACACAGUGAUUUCCCAUGCUAAGACACUAUUUUAAUAUUUCUAACAUUUCUCAUAUUUUCUAUUCCAACAUUUAUGUAUUUUGCAACUUUUUACUUUUCAUACAGGCACUCAUGUUUUAUCUCAGAAUUGGAUUCAUACAUUUCCAUUAUAAAUCCCAUUUUGUAAAAUGGAGAGUAGACUACCUUUGUUGACUUCAGAUUGCACUGCCCUACUGCACUAACAUAUUCCUGAGAUUUGAGAAGCAUUUGUAUUUUAUUACUUUACUUAAUCCUGAGAAGCAUUUGUAUCUUAUUUCUUUGAAAUUAAAGCACAUUGUGAAAAUA